GCCUUUAAGAAUCAAAUUACCAGUGCAAGGAAAGACAGAAACACAGGACUCUUGCCGAAAUAUGAAGCUUAGUGGCGUGUCCGGGCUGAUGCGGACGGAGGAGCAGCAGCAGCAACGGGCGAGGGAGGGCCCAGCGGGUAACCAGCCCGCCGUCUGCCCUGUCGGCAACUGCAGGACGAUGGUGGCCCACACUCACCUGUUGCGGCACAUGAUCAGCGACCAUCUGGAUCCAGGGGCGCGAGCUCUGCCCUUCCAGUUGCGCCUCCGCGAAGUGGCCAUUGGCCAGAAGACAUUGCUAAUGCUAGCCUACAGCCAGAUGGUCCUGGACCAGGACUACUGCCUGGCGGUGCUCAACUGGCGUCAGCCAAACAUUAAACUGGGUCCCGGGGAACUGGCCGCCCAGCAACUGGAUCUGCCGCCGUGCCACCAGUUUCUAGACUGCCACCUGCCCGUUCUGGUAAUGGCAUGCCGCACCACCUGGAAGGCACUGCUCACCCACGAGGAUCGCGCCAUCCGGUCGGAGCAGUAUGCUAUCGGCGCCCGGUAUCCGGACCCCAGCCGCGAAUGGGGAACCGUCUACCUCUUUUGGCUCCUCUCCCCUGCCACCCGGCGACCGGUGUACGCCACCCUCAGUGUUCUCAACGAUGAGCUGGAGUGCAUCGAGCGAAGAAAUCGGCGUCGGAUUCGUAACUUUUCCUGCCGCAUGCCCAUCCAGCAGUUCAUUAACGGUCUGGAUCCCACAUUCAUUACCAUCAAUGAGGAGAAGCUGGACAGGAACUGCAAGGUAGAAGGUAAUUGGGAGAAGGCAUCUGUCAUCGUUGAGGUCGUCCUUGAGGGAGAGGGCAAGUAACCACCCCCUAUUCUCCUUACUAGUCUCAUUGCAUUUGGAACUCUUUAGUCUUAAAUUGUAAUUUAAAAAAAAAAAUUUU